UGCACUCUCCUCUGUCAGUCGUGUGGGAAGCUCCGUGAAUGCGGCUGCAGACUAGCAGCCUUCUGCGCCUGAUCCCGUUCAGCCUCCACAGGACCAGGUAACGCGAGCCUGCUCUCCUCCUCGACCAUCUCCGAUCUCUUUAUCUGGAUGUACAUUUAUUUUUUUUUGGUUUCUUUUUAAUCUAAGAGGAACGCUUUAACAAUCGUCCAAUCACCUCCCAUCAGCUGUAUCUGACUGUACUCUGUCUGGGGGGGGAUGGAAGGGACGGUGAGAGCGCAGACUUUUCGGCUCCUCGCUUGCACCAGAACGGACUGAGGGCUCAAUGACAGCAAAAUUUCUAUUUGAAACAUGUUUCUUGUGUCCUGGCUUUUUUUUUGAUGAUGUUGUCCAUAUUAGGAGCCGAGCCCCACGAUAACCCCUCUUUAUUUUAACGGCCGACGUUUUCUGGUCGAAACAAGAAGCUAUUCUUAGGGAAAGAACAACGUUGGAUCUAUGUUGCCAGGAUGGAAAAUAACCCACGGUCUGAAUGGAGCGCAUUGGCUGUUCCUUACCCCUUUGCGCAACUUCAGCCUGUAACGACCCAGUAUUUAUUAUUCCAUGGAUCGCUGAAGGUUGCAGUACAGAUCUGAAGCCAGGCGCACAGUGUUGGAACCUCCUUUCUCCCCGUUUUUUUUGCGUUACAAUAGCCUUUUAGGAUGAGAGAUUUAUCUGGUUGCGUCCACCUUGCACCCUUUUCCCAGCUUCGGAGUCUCUGGGAGCGCUGUCAAGAUCUCUAAAUGUAAAAAAAAAGAGGAAAAGGAGGAAAAGCGCUCUACUUCACCGUACUCUUCCUGUGCUCUUCUUGCCUUUUUCGUCCUCCUCUGUAAGCAAAUGAGCCCUCUCCCAUGGAGGUAGUACAGCCACCCUGGGGGCCGAAUGAUCAGCGGGGAGAUUUUUCCAAGCAAAAGGAGCCCAUCAGCAAGAGGCGCAUCGGAUGAAAUCCGACCCCCGUACCCUCCCUAUUCACCCACCCCUCUUCCUUUUCCUCCUCUGUUACUCCCCCUCCCCAUUCAUCCUUUUAGUUUUGCUUGAAUCGUGUUAAAAUUGCAUGGGGGCAUAACAGGGUUGGGAAAAACCUUGUUGCGCCCCCCCUCCCCCCCACCCCCUCCGAAAUCUGUCUGCGCUCUUACACUCAAGCUGCAAGGACUGUUUUGCGCACAUCUCCAUCAAUGCUGCCCCGAGUCUCCAAAGGAAGCCGCGCUCGUUGCCACCGCAGCUUUUGGUUACUAAAUGGUUUACAGGGGGAGGUUCUCUAACCGGCGAGAUGCUGCUCGUACCCCUGCUGGCAGCCUUUUUCUCCUCCAUCUCGGGCUCCAUCUCCUCAUCCCUCUCCUCCAUGUCAGAUGGACCUCCGAUGAUGGACCCGACCGCCUCAGACCUGAUGGCUGAGACCUGCAGCGCAUGCUCCUGCAUGUCAGUGGAGAACGUGCUGUACGUCAACUGCGAGAAGAUCACCGUCUAUCGGCCUACGCAGCUCAUCCCUCCCGUCUCUUCCCUGUACCAUGUGAACUUCCAGAACAAUUUCCUAAUCAUACUGUACCCAAACUCGUUCCUCAACUUCACCCACGCUGUGUCACUUCAGCUGGGGAACAAUAAAUUGCAGAACAUUGAAGGAGGAGCAUUCAUGGGGAUGAGCGCGUUGAAGCAGCUGCACCUUAACAAUAAUGAGUUAAAGGUGCUGCGAGCUGACACUUUCCAAGGCAUUGAAAACCUGGAAUACCUUCAGGCUGACUACAACUUAAUAAAAUACAUUGAAAAGGGAGCGUUUAACAAACUGCACAAACUCAAAGUGCUGAUUCUGAAUGAUAAUCUUAUACAGGCACUUCCGGAGAACAUUUUCCGCUUUGCCUCUCUCACACACUUGGAUAUAAGAGGAAACAGGAUCCAGAACCUUCCGUAUAUAGGGGUCCUAGAGCAUAUCGGCCGCAUUGUAGAACUGCAGCUGGACGAUAACCCCUGGAAUUGCACCUGUGAUUUAGCACCUCUGAAGGCAUGGCUUGAAAACAUGCCCUACAAUAUUUUUAUUGGUGAGGCCAUAUGUGAAACCCCAAGUGACUUAUAUGGGAGGCUCCUGAAAGAAACCAACAGACAGGAGCUUUGUCCCAUGGGAACGGGAAGUGAAUUUGAUAUUAGGAUGCCACCUGCACUCCCUGAAAAUGGGCAGGGGCCAUCCAAAAUGGCCCCAACCACAGUGGCUUCGGCGGCCACAAAAUCCCCCAAAACCACCGACUCGUCUAAAUUUUAUGGAAAUGGUAUUGUGGCCGGUUUACCUCCUUUUGGGCAAAACAGACAGAUUGUUUCCUUUCAGACACGAACUCCCCCAAUGUUGUGUCCACUGCCAUGCAGCUGUAAAGCCCACCCAUCCGACUUUGGCAUUAGCGUAAGCUGUCAAGAAAGGAGUAUAAGAAAUCUUGCUGAUCUUGCCUCCAAACCCCCAAACGCCAAGAAGCUUCACCUAAGUGGAAACUACAUCCGCGAUAUCAGCCCAAGUGAUUUCCAAGGCUUCGAGGGCUUAGAUUUGCUUCAUCUUGGCAGUAAUCAAAUUGCAGUGGUACAAAAAGGCGUGUUUGCUAAUCUUACCAAUCUGAGGAGACUGUAUUUGAAUGGAAACCAACUUGAACAGUUACACCCAGAGAUGUUUUUGGGCCUCACAAACCUCCAGUACCUAUAUUUGGAAUACAAUGCCAUCAAAGAGAUCCUUGCAAGCACAUUUGACGCUAUGCCCAAUCUACAACUUCUGUAUCUGAACAACAAUGUCCUUCGUAGUCUCCCGGCCUACAUCUUUGCUGGUGUCCCUCUAGCCAGACUCAAUCUGAAAAACAACCACUUCAUGACACUGCCAGUGAGUGGUGUCCUGGACCAGCUGCGGUCAUUGACCCAGAUAGAUCUAGAGGGCAACCCGUGGGAGUGCUCCUGCGACCUGGUCGCGCUCAAGCUUUGGCUGCAGAAGCUAAGUGACGGAGUGGCUGCAAAAGAGGUGAAAUGUGCCUCCCCUGUGCAGUUUGCCAACAUUGAGUUGCGGCUAAUCAAAAAUGAGAUUCUCUGUCCGAAACUUGCAAGACCUCCACUUAUCAUCACAAGCGCCACCCCAGUUUUGACCUCGGUGUCACCUGCAGGAGUCGGCAAGGCCCCUCCAGGAGGGCCCGUGCCUCUCUCCAUUAUGAUUCUCAGCAUACUUGUGGUACUUAUCCUAACUGUGUUUGUGGCCUUCUGCCUUUUAGUAUUUGUCCUAAGGCGGAAUAAAAAACCUGUGGGCCGGCAGGAGGGGCUGGGGAGCCAGGAAUGUGGCUCAUUGUCUCUACAGCUUCGUCGCCACGGUCACAAAUCUGGCAAAAAAGGGUCCAUCCCAGGGGAUGACUUGGGAGGCGAAACGUUUAUUCCCCAGACCAUUGAGCACAUUGGCAAGAGCCAUACCUGCGGCAUUGGACGCUCCUCAGACAUGGACGCCGGCUUCAAGUUUGCUGACUCGCAAAGACAGAAGAUCAUCCUGCGAAACUGUCCGGACAAGGACAAGGACCUGCUCUCCACCUUGGAGCGCAACAAACGCCUCAGCACCAUCGAUGAACUUGAGGAGUUUCUCCCCAACCGAGAGCCCAGCCUGUUCAUCCACAGCUUCUUGGACAGCAAAAGGGAUUUCAACAGUAUAGGGAUGGGCGGGUACGAAAUCCGCUAUCCUGAAAAAACACUGGAUAAAAAGAUGAAGAAAUCGUCGCUGAUAGGGGGGAACCACAGUAAGAUCGUGGUGGAGCAGAGGAAAAGUGAGUAUUAUGAGUUGAAAGCCAAGCUCCAAGGGACGCCUGAUUACCUGCAGGUGCUCGAGGAGCAGACUGCCCUCAGUAAAAUGUAGGAACUGUUGUGUUUGAUGGUCAGUAUUGAUUACAUACACACAUAGAGGCCGAUUGACAGGCAAACUCUCUCCUUUUUCUGUGUUCUCUUCAAGUCUCACACACACACGCACACUAUUCAAUCCCUCUCAUCUCUGGCUUUCUGUCUUCAGCUCUACACACACACACACACACACACACACACACACACGAACACACCGAGAGAGAACAAAAAAGUGCCUUCUGGAAAUCCUUAAUGACCAAUGCAGAGAUAGACAAAAUGGCUCCACACUACAAAGCUUUUAUUAGAAUGAGCGAGGAUGCAUUUGAGAGAAAGAGACCUUUUGGAUUAUCCAUGCCACUACCUGUAUGAAUCCCGCAAACAUACCACAGGACCCUAUAAAAAAAGAAACCAACCUUACAGUCCUAGUAUUUUUGCUGCUAUUGAAAUCGAUACUUACUUUUUUUUCUUUUGUUCUCUUUUUGUUCUUUUCCUCCAUCUUUUGUUGUUUCAACCAAAUCAAAGGGUCUUGAAAACAGUGCUUGAGAAUAUACCUCGCUGCCAUCAGGCCGUGUUUAAAAAAAGGGAAAAAGAAGGGGGAGCUUCGGGGGAUGGUCGUUCGCUCCGGAGCGAAUCGAGGAUUAUUGAUUUUGGGAUGAGGUUUUGAACAAUUAGUGACUUUUCUUUUUUGGAUGCUACUUUCCCCCCCCUCGUUUUUUGUUUAAGUUUCGGGGGUGUCCGCAUCUGGAUAUCCUCUCUGAAGUCAACAGCAGACUCUCUGCCAUCUUGUCUGGAUAACCCACCAGCAGCAGUACAUCUGCUCUUUGCUGGGAGGAUAAACGGCUCCUGUUUUGCAUUAACGGCAACUGACGGCACUGUAAAACUCUUUUUUUUUUUUGGGAAUGAUUUAAUGACUUGCUUUUCUUGUGUAAAGAGCCAUGUUAAAUAUAGUGUCUUCUGAAUGGAGUUGUGUUUCUCUUUGAAGUUGCUACUUACAGUAAACGUACGUUUGUGGGGGGUGAAAUCUAACGGCACAUACACUGUCAGAGACGUUAUUUCUUGGGGAAAAAAAAGAAAAAAGAAAAAGAAACCUGAAGGGGGGAAAAAAAAAAGUUACAAAGCUGCUUGCUAUGUAAGCGUAACCUGGAAUUUAUUUUGUAAGUCUUACAUUGUUUGUAUCUGUGGGACUGAUUUGUAAAUUACAAGGACAGACUAACAUCUACACAGGAAUACACACUGAUACUGUGCGACGGAGCAUCUUCGAGAGACUAUGAAUCAGUGUUAAAACCAACCCAUAAUAUAUAUUUCAAUCAGCGAUCCUUGCCCUUGCCAGCUCUCAAUUAUUAGUUAAAAGAAUUGACAACAUUGUUAACUUAUUUUUCUAUACAGGAUUAUUUAAGAGUUAUUGGUAUUAUUUAAAAAAUGGGCAAGAAAGUGAGUGGAGAAACUCUUCAGAGCUAUUUUAGGCCAUAAGGAGUGACUGUUCAGUUGUUCUUAAAUGGGUCUUUGCUUCUCUCCAGUUUGCUGAGCAGCUUGAACCUGCAGACAAAAAGAGUGUGAAAUGCGAUCUUUAGCGUUUGUUUUUCAUCAUGACAAGACGAGGCCUGAUAGUCUGUAAAAAAUCCUCAGCGGCCUCCCGAUUCUUCUAUCUCCCACGGUAUGUUACGGAACAAAAAAAAAACAAAAACAAAAAAGGUUUCUUAUCAACAUUAUGCAACCGAAAUAAAUGUGCAUUAAAAAUUGAUGUGCUUCAUGCAUUGUGGGGGCCUGGGAGAGGAGGCGUUCUGAGGUGACAGCUAAGGGAACAAACAAAUCAAGGCUCUAAAUUAUUAGACUUGGAUAGAAUCGUAACGUAAAACGACAUGUGCAACAUAUAAGUGAAUAAAAUGCUCAGACAUGAUGGCUUCAAAUUAUUUUAUUUAGUCUGGGGUUUUGUUGUCAGGACCGGUUCCAUUUUGAAAUUCUUUCAUCAGCUUAACUCUAUUUGAUCCUUAUUUAAAAAAGCAUUGUUAAGUUAAAUUUCUGAGUGUUUUUUGACAUUACAACUGAGUAGAAUGUAUCAUGAAAAGUAUAAUAAAUACAAUUUUCUAUUGGUCAGAAAUCUCCUGUAUAUUGGUUCGUUUUCUCUUGUAUAAUCAUGUUGAAAUCAAGGUAUUAAAAUGAGCACCUAUUUGCA